GAAAGUAGAGUUUUAGUAGGGGAAGUCCCUGGGAAAGGCCCUUGAAAUUACAGGAAGAGGAUGUUGCAGUUUGCUUUGUAAUUGUAAGGAGCACAUUGUUGUGUGUUUGAACAAACCUUCAAUGGCAAGACAAGACUCAGCCUCAGAACCACUUCCUGAAUGUUGGGAGGAGAGACAGGAUGAUACCCUGAAUGGACGUACCUACUAUGUAGACUGCACCUCUGGACGCACACAAUGGGAUCGACCAACCAGGUCCAGUAAACAGGACACACGGCAAAGACCACUGCCUAAAUCUUGGGAGAAGAGAAAGACUGCUGAUGGACGUACCUACUAUGUAGACCACAUCUCCAAAAGCACACAAUGGGAUCGACCAACCAGGUCCAGUAAACAGGACACACGGCAAUUAAGACCACUGCCUAAAUCUUGGGAGAAGAGAAAGACUGCUGAUGGACGUACCUACUAUGUAGACCACAUCUCCAAAAGCACACAAUGGGAUCGACCAACCAGGUCCAGUAAACAGGACACACGGCAAUUAACACCACUGCCUAAAUCUUGGGAGAAGAGAAAGACUGCUGAUGGACGUACCUACUAUGUAGACCACAUCUCCAAAAGCACACAAUGGGAUCGACCAACCAGGUCCAGUAAACAGGACACACGGCAAUUAAGACCACUGCCUAAAUCUUGGGAGGAGAGACAGGAUGGUAAUGGACGUACCUACUAUCUAGACCACAUCUCCAGAAGCACACAAUGGGAUCGACCAAUCAGUUACAGUGAACAGGACACACGGCAAAGAAAGAAAACAGAGGGAGGGACAGUCCAUGACUACUGUUGUCUAGACCAUGCACAGAAGGACGCCCCCAACAGAGAUGCAAAGAUUCUUACAAGCAUGCCGGAAGUUCAAAAGUUUCUCCAGAAAUUUUCCGAUCUCAAAGUUGCCUCAAUGAAAGAAAAUGAUCACGCUAAGCCUGGAGGUGCUCUAUUUAAUACAUUUAGGAGCGCAAUGAUGUCCCUACCGACCAGCCAAAGAAAUACUUGCCUUGCAUUUCAUGGAACAUCAGAAAGCAAUAUCGACAGCAUAUGUAGUACUGGUUAUGACCAAAAGAAAAGAAGUCGCCAAGUCAAUGGUGCCGGGGAAUACUUUGCAACAUCUCCCAUCAUUCCUCUUGAUUACUGCAAUGGUGGAAAGAAGCUGCUGCUGAAUGAACUGUUGCUAGGACAGAAUGGAACUCAUCAUACAACUCAUCAUACAAAAAAAGGGGACAUAGUAGUGAUGAAGAACCCUGCUCAUGAUUUACCACGUUUUGUUAUUACUUUCAAAUGACUUUCUUUGUAUAUUAUACAUUACAAUAUACAAUGUUUGAGUUUGACACAA